UCGAGCGCUUCUUGUCCUCUCUCUUCAAGUAAUACCCAGGUGAUCAACAGAGCAUAAGCAGCACGUUUGGCUGCAUCUUUGUCCGAGACGUUGUGAGGUUCUGAUCAAUGUAACAUGGUCUUGUUUCUCCUGCACCACACCCCCCUCCCGAAACGACCACCCUCGCCCAUGCACACGGACACAACCCUGCUGUUACAAACACUUUGACUUUUCUCGGUAAGGAGCGGGACUACUCUGUACACUUUGGUAGUUUUGCGCCAAUGCUUUAGGAGAUUUUGGUGCACCGGCGACGGGGGUACCUGUUCUGAAACUUUCCAGCCCGGGAACCGCCGCGGCUCUGUCCCGGUCAUAACUAUCCCGCACCAUCCUGCCACCGCAGCCCAUCCUGGAGUGAGUGCCGGACUGACAUGCAGUAGAGCUGUCUCUACAACCAAGGAAACAGCGGCGUGUAGGGACGAAGUUUGCGGUCCUCCUGAGUGGGACCAUGCAGGCUCAGCACAGCAGAGAACUGGGGAAUCUAAGGCUGCUGCUGGUGUGCCUCUUCCUUGCCGUCCUUGCCUCAGGGGUGCAAGCAGGAGGAAAGAAGCACAGUGGCCCCUGUGGAGGAAGAGACUGCAGCGGAGGCUGUAAAUGUUUCCCAGAGAAGGGUGCCAGGGGCCAGCCUGGGCCUCUUGGCCCCCAGGGGCCUCAGGGGCCACCAGGAAGACCAGGGGAACUGGGCAUCCAAGGGCCCAAGGGUGAGAGAGGUGACCGUGGCCGUGGAGGCUUCACUGGUCCUAAGGGAGCAGUGGGAAUGACCGGCGUUCCGGGGUUUUCUGGAGCAGAUGGUAUUCCUGGCCACCCAGGCCAGGCUGGGCCCAGAGGGAGGCCAGGAGCAGAUGGCUGCAACGGGACGCAAGGAGACCCCGGAUCAGCAGGACGACCCGGCUAUGACGGCUCGCCUGGUUUUCCUGGUGAUCAAGGCAGGAAGGGAGAGAAGGGAGAGUCUCUGGAGCUGAGUGUGUACAUGGAGCGUUUCAGGGGAGAUCCAGGUUCAUCGGGGUACCCUGGAGUAUAUGGGCCACAAGGACCCCCAGGAUGGCCGGGUAACAGAGGCAUUCCAGGGCCGAAGGGUCCCCCUGGGCCUCCAGGUCCCCCUGGACCAAAGGGCACCAUGACCAAAGUGCUGAAGGGUGUCAAAGGAGAACGAGGUGAAGCUGGAGAGCCAGGGGCUCCAGGAAACUCAACCCACCCCCACACAUUGCCCCCUUAUGGGCCACAGGGAUCAAAAGGAGAGAAGGGGGAGAAAGGAGAAGCAGGAGAUCUGGCUGACAACAAAGGGGAAGCUGGUGUGAUGGGAUUUCCAGGACCACGGGGUGCACCUGGUCAAGAUGGGCAGUUUGGACAGAGGGGGGAUACAGGUGAACGAGGACCAACUGGCAGACAAGGUCCUAAGGGAGUCAGAGGAGACCCUGGAGAGUUGAUUGUAACAGGACGUCCCCCAUGGGCUCCAGAUGGUGGUCUUCCUGGUCCCCCUGGUGAUCCGGGUCCACAGGGAGAGAGGGGCCCGGUGGGAGAUAAAGGUUUCCACGGGCCCCCAGGAAGUCCUGCUACUGAAUCUCAGCAACUAGUGUGGGAUUUUGCAGGACCGUUUGGCAUAAAAGGGGAGGCAGGAGAGAAGGGCCUUCCAGGUGAGCCAGGAAUCCCUGCCAUCACUGCCGGACCUCCCGGCCGCGACGGCCUCCCAGGAAUCAGUGGCCCUCCAGGACCCAAAGGAUCAUGGGCAGAGUUGUUCAAGGGGGCUCCAGGCGACAGAGGAAGGCCAGGCAAUGCAGGCUUUAAAGGACAGAAAGGUGACCAUGGGCUCUGUGAGUGUACCACUAUAAACCCUCAGUCAGGCCCACCUGGCCCUGCUGGUGCCCGAGGUGAUGUUGGGAUGACGGGGGAGUUUGGUCAGCAGGGCGACUCAGGAGAUCCAGGACUCCAAGGUCCCAAUGGAUUACCUGGAUUUCCUGGUCCUCACGGUUUGCAAGGCUCAAAAGGCAGAAAAGGUGACCUCACUGUGGCCAAAGAGAAAGGAUAUCCUGGUGACCAAGGGGAUGCUGGGUCACCUGGUGUGCCUGGAGCUAAGGGGGCUCCAGGUCCAAGUGGGCUCUCUGGCUUCCCUGGCAGUCGUGGUCUUCAGGGUGAAGGCCCUGUGGGAGAACCUGGAUUGAAGGGCUACCCCGGUAGGCCUGGUCGACCGGGUGUACCUGGAGAGAGGGGAGAGGAAGGACAGAUCAUUGGGGGCACCAAAGGCCAGCCUGGCUUACCUGGUGAUGACGGUCUAGCAGGCUAUGAUGGGGUCCCUGGACCCGCCGGCAGCCCAGGAGGCUGUAGUCCAAGAAGAGAUGGAGGACAGUGGGAUGUAACAGGCCCUUGUGAAGCUGUGCCAGGACCUCCAGGGUUGCCUGGACCUCCAGGACCCAGUGGAUUACCAGGUUUCCCAGGCCCCAAAGGUGAAAAAGGACCAGAGGGUCUUAGUGGAGCAGAGGGAGAGAAAGGAGAGAGAGGAGAUCAAGGCAUAGGUGGCCGCGUGGGACCGCCAGGUUUUGCUGGCCCUCGUGGAGACUUUGGUCUGCCUGGUACGAAGGGUGUAGUAGGAAACCCUGGCUUGCCGGGUGUGGUUGGUCGUGACGGGAUACAAGGUGAGCAGGGUCUUCAUGGAGAUAUCUUAGGAGCAUCACCUGGACUCCCUGGCAACCAAGGACAGCCAGGUUUUCAGGGAAGUAAAGGCUCACCCGGAGAACAAGGAGAACCAGGCUAUCCAGGAAUGCCUGGCAUGCCUGGCAUGAUAGGUGUCAAGGGUGAGAACGGCCCUGCAGGCCUUCAGGGGGAGGAAGGGAGACCUGGGCCACCUGGCACAUAUGGCUACCCUGGUUUGCGUGGUAAAACAGGCUUACCUGGGCCACCUGGGGGCCCUGGACAGCCAGGCAUCACUGGCGAGAGGGGAAGUGAGGGCGACCCAGGACCUCCAGGUCCAAUUGGACUGAAGGGGACUGUAGGGACUUUUGGUAGUGAUGGUCCUUUAGGAGAGCAAGGUCCACCAGGGGACCCAGGAGUGCCUGGGCCAGAUGGAUUUCCAGGACUUCCAGGACUAAAGGGUAGCAAGGGUACCUCCGGCAUGUCAGGUUUUCAGGGGCGCUUUGGUGAUCCAGGAGUGGCAGGCUUUGCCGGGCCAAAAGGAGAAUCUGGAGUGAUGGGUGAAACUGGCCUGAAAGGGCAAAGGGGCCUGAAUGGGGAGAAGGGUGAACGUGGUUUGACCGGGCCGUCAGGAAAGACGCCUCAUAUCCCUCGCCAGAUAAUUGCUGACAUGAAGGGACUCAAGGGAGACCAUGGAUGGUUAGGGGAACAAGGUUUCACUGGUCCCAGAGGUGCUAAGGGUAUGCCUGGUAUACCUGGGCAUGAGGGAACUCAUGGUCUUCCUGGAGAUCCCAGCCACGAGAAGGGCACCCAAGGAACAUCAGGUGCACAAGGACUUCCAGGGACAAAAGGAAUGCCGGGAAUUACCGGAAAUCGUGGCAUUAGCGGCUUUCAAGGAAUGUUUGGCAACAAGGGAACAAAAGGAAGCCCUGGUGCCUAUGGUGCUACAGGAGAGACAGGACACAAGGGAGCCAAAGGAGAAGCAGGUCCUCGUAUAGACAUCCCAGGAACUACAGGGCUGAGAGGGGAACUUGGUUUCCCUGGGCAGUCGGGCCAGAAAGGGGUCAUCGGACAGUCUGGGGACAGAGGAAGCCCUGGUUUCCAUGGUAUUGGGGGGAUGAAGGGAACAGCAGGUAAUCCUGGUGAAAGCGGACAUUCAGGCUCAGAUGGACAGAGGGGAUCUCCUGGUACCCAAGGUCAAAAGGGCUUUCCUGGGAUUCCUGGAAAUGCCGGUUCCCCGGGCUCACCUGGCUUCCUAGGGGAGAAAGGUUUCCCCGGCCUGAAAGGCCUUUACGGAUUACAUGGACUGAAGGGUCAAAAGGGUAUCACUGGAGUUCCAGGUGUGGAUAGCUAUGGACCAGAUGGAGAGCCGGGAUCCAAAGGAGAGAGGGGAGAGAGCGGCAUCCCCAACUUUGAGGCUGGUACUCCAGGCACAGUGGGUUUGAAAGGCUUCCAGGGACCUCAAGGUGACCAGGGCCAACCAGGAUCUCCAGGGUUCCAAGGGCCCCAAGGACCAGAGGGGACCUCAGACACACCUGGACCCAGAGGGGACAUUGGUUUCCCUGGACCCAAAGGAUAUGCAGGUUUCCCUGGUGCCAGAGGACGUCCAGGUUUUGAGGCACCCGCUGGAGAAAAGGGUAUUGCUGGACAAUAUGGAUUCCCUGGAUUCCCUGGUAGACAAGGAUUCAAAGGAGAUCAAGGCCCACUAGGAUACAGGGGACCUGGUGGUGUGUCUGGGAAGAAAGGUGUGAAAGGAGAGCAAGGGAUGAUGGGAGUUCCUGGAAGGUCUGGUGUGCAUGGAGAGAGAGGACCAGUUGGUCCAAAAGGAAACACUGGACUCCCAGGUAAUCGUGGGCUAGGAGGUGACCAGGGUCCACCCCCACUCCCCCUCAGGCUUCCUGGAGAGAGAGGCCCUCCGGGACCACAUGGGAUCCGAGGACCUGAGGGGAUCAAAGGCCGGCCAGGGCCGCAAGGAUACUCUGGGGAUACAGGUUUCGUGGGACCCAAAGGACAUAAGGGCAUGCCUGGAAUUGGUGGCACACCAGGUAUCCCUGGAUUCCGGGGAGAGGCUGGACAAAUGGGCCACCCUGGUCUGCAGGGCAUGGAAGGUCGCCGUGGUAGCCCUGGUAUCCCUGGGUUACCUGGUAUGCCUGGCCGAAGCAUCAGUGUGGGUUACCUGCUGGUGAAGCACAGCCAGUCACAGCAGACCCCCAUGUGUCCUGUGGGCAUGUCUAAACUGUGGGAUGGGUACAGUCUGCUGUACUUUGAGGGUCAGGAGAAGGCCCACAACCAGGACCUCGGACUGGCUGGUUCCUGCCUUCCGCGGUUCAACACCAUGCCCUUCCUGUACUGCAACCCUGGAGAUAUAUGCUACUAUGCCAGCAGAAAUGAUAAGUCUUACUGGCUGUCAACAACUGCACCUCUUCCUAUGAUGCCUGUGGAGGAGGCAGACAUCAAACCGUACAUCAGCCGCUGCUCAGUGUGCGAGGCUCCGUCUGUUGCCAUAGCAGUCCACAGUCAGGACAUCACCAUCCCACAGUGCCCCGCGGGCUGGCGCAGCCUGUGGAUUGGCUACUCCUUCCUCAUGCACACAGCAGCAGGGGAUGAAGGGGGAGGUCAGUCCCUGUCAUCGCCUGGCUCCUGCCUGGAAGACUUCCGUACAACACCUUUUAUUGAGUGUAACGGCGCCAAAGGCUCUUGCCACUAUUUUGCUAACAAACACAGCUUCUGGCUAACCUCCAUAGAUCAUUCGUUCCAGAGUAAGCCGGCAGCAGAGACCCUAAAAGCGGGCCAGCUCCUGUCACGCAUCAGCCGUUGCCAGGUCUGCAUGAAGAACCUGUGAGCGGCGCUUCCCAGCUCACCUUGGACUCUGUGUUUUCAGUAUCGCCAACAGGAAGUUGUUCCACUGAAAGUUAUCUAGUGUCAUCCUUACCUGUCCAUGUGCUAAACCCAUGAAACAGGAGCUGAAAAGCUAACCUC